GCGGCGGGUCCCUCCCCCGGAGCCGCCCAGGCACCUCCUCCCUCCCGCCUUGGGCCGCCGCGGUGAGUCACGACGGAGGAGGCGGCCGCUCGGCUCGGCAGGGCUCGGCACGGCUCCGCUGCACCCGCCCGCGCCCCGCUGCCGCCACCGCCCGAGCCGCAGGACCGCCGGGGCCGGCCCGGCCCCGCACGCAGAUCCGUGGCCUGUUCGUCAGCUUCGGUUGGCCUAAGAGAGCAGAUAAACCAGAAUGAGCAAAGAUACGGAGUGUUGAUAGGGCAGUUUUCUCACACAUUUUUCCAGCUACGAUCGUUAAUUGGGACCGAACACGUGGGUUCUCUGAUCUUCUGUGGUUUUUAGAAGCAGGCAAUCCAGGAGCUGGCAGGAGGGGAAUGAACCGUGAGGGCGUCCCCGGAAAGAGUCCGGAGGAGAUGUAUAUUCAGCAGAAAGUGAGAGUCCUACUCAUGCUGAGGAAGAUGGGAUCAAAUCUGACUGCCAGUGAAGAGGAGUUCUUGCGCACAUACGCAGGUGUAGUGAAUAGCCAGCUUAGCCAGCUUCCUCAACACUCCAUUGAUCAGGGUGCUGAGGAUGUUGUGAUGGCAUUUUCCAGAUCAGAGACAGAAGACAGAAGGCAGUAACUACAGGAUACCUGAACAACACAGAACUGGAGAGGACAGUGAGAUUCCCGAAGAUAGAGGAGGAUGGCUGAGCAUUAAUAAGUUCCUUUGCCCACCCUAAUUGUUCCUUGGUAUUCCUUCUCCUUGUAAUUUUGUUUCCCUUUGCCCAACCCUCAGAAUGCAUCUCACAGCCAUCUAUUCCUAUCAGUUUUUGCUACUCAGCUGGGCUGUGUUAAUUAAGGACAAACCUAAGGGUGUGUUUUUGAUUGGCUCAAAGGGACAGGCUAAAGGAAGACAAUUUUUCAAACUUGACCAAUGAAAACCUUUUAUCUCACAUUUUAUUUUGUAUUUUAAAGAGAGUCUCUUGAAAUCUUCUAAAGAAGCUUUUCAUGCUGUGGUGCUUAUUUAGGUCAAACUUGUGAAUUUGAAGAGGGUUUGAUUUGGCUGCAUAGAACUGGAAGCAACUUCUCAUUGGUUGACAAUGCAAAUGCUUUCUCUUCAGUUGGCUUGCAGGUAUUUUGCUGACUUUGACAUUUUCAUUGCAGAAAGCUGAUGGUUUUGGUGCAUUGGUUAUUUCUUUACACUUACUGACUGGGGGGGGGGAAAACCCACAAAUGUGCUUUGCAAUAUUUAUUACAUCUAAACAUAAAUGCUUGCUUUUGGGGGUUUGUUUUGGUUUUUUGAUUGGCUUUGAAGUCAUGCUUUUGAUUUCCUAUUGGCUGCAGUGUUUCUGGUGCAAUCAGUUUUUCCAUUCUCAUCUGCUCUGUGGCCUCAAGCUCUUUUGGGAGCAUGUGUCAAGCAUUUUUAGUUCAAUAAGUCUACCUGUUUAAGCUAGAACAUGGAGAUCACCAGCCAUGCUGUGCUACUGUGUGGGCUGUCCUAUGAACUCCUGGUAGACCUGGCUGUUCAGGUGGCUUCUCUCUUUGCUUCUGACAGAGGAGCUGUAGAUAUUUUGCAGGAAUUGCAAGAGUGAGAUCUAUGGCUGUGACACAAAUUUGCCAAAUUUGUAUAGAGAGUAUGUGAACUUGUUUAAAAUACUACAUAGAGUUCCACUUUAACCCUUUAAUUGCUGCACAAGAUUAGCUCUCACAUAAGAAAAAAUGAAUUCUCAUUAAUUUAAAUCCAAUUUGCACUGGGCUUUAAUAAACUAAGUUUCUAGUCACUUGAAAAAUGGUAUGUAUAGUUUGGCUCCUUGCAACUAUUCAGUGACAUGGAAAUUAUCUGGGUCCUAAAAUAAUUCCAUUUUCCUUGGGCAGUUCCAAGAGGCAGUAGCACUGCAUUAAACUGUCCAAUAAUGAGCAUACAGGUGACACUCUCAGGUUUACAGUUUUAGUUGCAGGGCUUUAAAACACGUGCACAUUUAGAGACUGAAAAACCUGCAGUGAAAUUCCCAAAGUGCACUGACUGUUCAGGAAUCUGCACUUCUAGCACUGCUGCCUGAAACCUAGCACUUCGUUUUCUCUCACAUGUGCAGGUUAUUGUUACAAUACUUCUAGUUUUUCCUGUGGGUUGCACUGACACUGAGAUGUUUCAAACUCUAUUAAAGCAGAACUUCCUUCACCUGUUCCUGGUUCUUUUCAUGUGGUUUUUCAUUAUUUGAAGUAACAAUUCCAGAAUGUAACUUUGACAACUGUGACCAUUUUCAUGGCAAGAAAUCAUGGUGGCAGGAUGCUGUCAUGGUCUCAAAAGGGGGAGCAGGCUUGAGAGAACCUGUGGAAUGUAUGCAAAAGGAAGAACGGACUCGUGAGCACACAGAGGGAAAUGGAUCUUGACCAAAUAAAUUGUGUAAUGAGAACAGUUGUACAUGUGUUUAUGAAAAAAGAUCCUUUCGAUUCAAUUGCAGCUUUGUCUAGUUCAAUGUGAAAGUAAAUAUCUAACCUGUUUGGAGCCAGAUAAGAAACUUCUAUCUUAAAAUAAACCAGGAGUGAGCCCAAAA